CAGCAUGGCAGACGUGGACGAUGCUCGAAAGUCUCAACCCCCCAACCAUCGCAAGACGGACGCCGACAAGCAACGCCGGGCGGCCACGCUCAAGAGUAAUCGUAAGGCCAAGUUCUUAGCGACGCAAGCAGCCUUGCCCGAGCAUGAACAAUGCAAUCCCAACCUGAACUCGAGCCAGCGAACUUCGCACGAAUUGCGGAGGGACAGGACUCAGAUAUUGGGCUCCAAAAUUAUAGCUAUUAUUGUCGUUGUGGCUAUUAUUGUCGUUGUGGCUCUUAUUGUCGCUGUGGCUAUUACUUGUCGUUGUGGCUAUUACUUGUCGCUGGCCACGGACUGCUCCGGCCGCGUGGGAGAGUUCUUGGACACGUACGGAAAGAGGAAGAAGCCUACCUUUCUGUGCUGGCGUCACGUCACCAUCACGGCUUUUCGAACACCUGCCGGAGUGACACUACGAGGCACCAUUCGUUUCGAAAACUUGAAAGACAGCAAUAGCGAUCUAAACAAGCACAAGACCAUUCCCUUACGACUCCUGCCGCUAGAGCUCGCAUCCGAGGAUUCGUUUCGACUACUGCUUGUGCUAGGUCUCAUCGACCAGGUUUUUAAGGGUUUGUAUAAUUGGGAAGAUAUCCAACGCUUGGAUCCUGGCCCUAAUGGGAGUAAGGUUUGCAUUAAGACCUCAGAUAUUGGGCUCCAAAAUUAUAGCUAUUAUUGUCGUUGUGGCUCUUAUUGUCGUUGUGGCUAUUACUUGUCGCUGUGGCUAUCGUUCUUCUUGUUGUCAGCUAUUAUAACUCUAUUGAUUUUUACUUAAUUCACUGGCUUUGCUUA